AGUUAACUACUACACUUCUGCUAACUGAAAAAGGUAUAGUUAAGUGUCAAAGUAUAUAUAGUUUGGUAUAUUUUUAAAAUAGAGCGUCGUAACCGUUUUGUUGACAGCGAUCUCCACAUUUAACUCAACAAAAACACAAUAAAAAAAAUAUAAAAUUAAUAAUUAAAUCACUUAAAAAAAAAAUAUUUUUCCAAGACAAUUAAUAUAUUUGUUCUAUAAAUAAUUAACGCACUAGUGAAGUACAGCUUCAUAAAAUAAAUUAACAGCUGUUGAGUCUAAAAACAAUCUAAUUGAUAAGAAAAAAUGAUGAACAGCACAGAGUGGCGGUCUCAAGACGAAAAUUCCGACUUUGGUCUAGAUGACUCGAUAACAUCAACAAUAAACUCAUCAUUUUUAUCUUCGAAUACUCAGAAGGAUGCAAAUUCAAGCUUAACUUCUGAAGAAGGACUCCUGAAUGCUCUGAAUAAUUUAAGUAUUGAGUCUGCGGGAAAACCAAGAAGAUCUUCACGGUCAGAUCCAAAUCUAGAUAGUUCUUACGAAGACUGCCAGGAUUUGUCGUCAAACACGCAAAUCGACCUUUCGAUCAACAAUACCGUCAUUCAUGAUCCUUCACACUCUGUAGAAGGUAAAAAAUUAACCGGUGACCAAAUUAGUGACAUUCCAAUAAGUGAAGAUCCAGAAGUGACACAAAAUAAUUGUCUAACAGAGACUGAUAACACGAAAGAAGAAACAUCUUGUAGCCAAAUAAUUGAUACUCCAACGAACGAGCACCAAGAAUGUGUUUCUGAACCUCAGUCUACUUCUGACAAUACUGGAGAGCAAAAAAACACCACACAAGACGUAAUAAAUGACAUAUCGAUAAACAAUGACAGUAAAUCUAUUCCGGACGCUGAUCAGAAGAAUAUGAAUAGAAAUAUUAAUAAGAGUACAGUUUUAAACCAAUCUACUAAAAAAAUUAAGCCUGCUUCACCUUCUUUACUUCCUAAACCAAAGCCUCGAAAUAUUAAUUCAUCAAUGUUGGAUCAAUCGGGAUCAAAAGUUACAAAACCAGCUACCAAGCAUGUAAUUAAAACAAUUACUGAUGCUUCUGAUGGUGCACACCUCAAAGAAGAGCGAAUAAAUCACUUUGGUAUUCCAGUAAUUUGCGGAAGAAAAAAACACAUUGAGGCUCAACCGUUUAACUUUUUAGCACGGGGAAAAAGUAACAGUAUCACUAGCAAAACAUCUGAUACAAAACAAAUUGGUAAUAAAACAUUGAAUGCUACUACCAGUAAAGUAAUGAAUAAAACAAUCGGUGGUAUGAUUACUGAUAAGACGAUGAAUAAAACAUUAGCCAGCGCAUCUGAUAAAUUAGUUAAUAAGACACUGACUGCCAAAAGAAUUUCGAAUGUACCAUCGAGAGUAAUGGACAAGACUAUUAAAAAGCCAAGUGUUUUAAAUACCACCAGGUCUUCGAGCAAUGCAAAAAUUAGCACGAAAGUUAAUCAAGAGAAUAAGACGCCGAAUGUUAUUCCUAAACCGAAAACUCAAGCUCCGAAGCCGAGCAGAAUUUCAGGACCGCCAAAGCUGCACACUGAUAAGAGAGCCAAGGAGAGACAUGAGUUUGAUGUUCAGAUACGACAGAAGCAACUGGAGAUUGAUAGAUUAAGAAUGAUGUGGGAAGAAAAGCAGCGUGAGAAGGAAAAGCUUGAAGAAUUAGCGUUGAGAAAAACUAUGGAGCCGAAAGCACAUCCGAUGCCGGAGUUCAAGGCGCCUGUGCCGAUUAAAUCAUCCAAAGCUCUUACUGUACCCCAGAGUCCUGCGACCUGGGCUAAUAACCACAAGAAGUAAUUUAAAUAGUAUAAUUUGUAAUUUUAUACUGUCGUAAAAAUAUCCUUCAAGUUAUAUUUAAUGUUUGUAAGGUUUUAAUGUAUUUUUUUUAUUAGUUAAAGAAUUAAAACUUUAGAAAAUA